AUGGCCACAAAAAGGAAACAUGAAGAAUCAGAGCAGCAAGAGGCUGUUCACGCAGAACGUCAAGCCCAGGUUUAUGGAAGCAAUCCAAAGCCUGCAAAGAAACCCCGCAGAAUCGAAUCGACGGCGCCCAAAAAGAAACAAGCUCAUGCCUCGAGUGUCAACGCAAUAAAGAAACGUAUACGCGAUGUUAGAAGGAGAUUGGAGCGCGCAGAUGAUCUGCCAGCCGAUGUGCGGAUAGAGAACGAGCGCGCUCUGGCAGCAUAUGAACAGGAACUGGUCGCUGCACUUGCUGAGAAGACGAGGCAGAAGAUGAUCAAGAAGUACCACAUGGUCCGAUUCUUUGAAAGGCAAAAGGCUACCAGACAAUUGAAGAAGCUACGAAAGCGUUUACUUGAGGCUGAAUCACCGGAGGAAACUGAGGCAUUGAAAAAACAAGUGCAUGUGGCUGAGGUCGAUCUCAAUUAUACCCAAUACUGUCCUCUUAGUGAGGUAUAUGUCAGCCUCUACCCUCAGAAGAAGAGUUCGACGGAGGAGGACGAUGGUGGGUCCAAUGGAACGAGUGAAAGGCCAAAACCGCCAAUGUGGGCAGAGGUGGAAAAGUGUAUGGAGGAAGGAACGCUCGAUCAACUACGAAAUAGAGUACCAAACGUUCGAAUCAACAACACACCAAGGAAAGUGGAGAAAAAGCCUCCGAAACCAAAGCAGAAAGAUAUUCCUUCAGUGGAAGGACUCAAUCGCAGGGAGAGGAGGAGUCGGCUUGGUAUUAGCAAGGCAGGCAAAAACAAGAAUACGUCCGUGGCUUUCGAGAAGAACAAGGCGUUUGGGGCAUCACAAGGGCCAAAGGGCAAUGUGGCUCGGGAUAUUGGAGGUGAUGAUGAGAGUGACGGCGGUUUCUUCGAAGAGUAA